AUGAAACUGCCCGAUCACAUUCAGCACUCGCACGAUUUCCGGGAUGCGGCGGAAUUUGCCGGCAAAAAUGUGCUGGUCAUCGGACGGAGUUACUCGGCGGAGGACAUCGCCGUGCAGUGCCACAAAUACGGCGCCGCUUCCGUCGUCAUCAGCUACCUCCGCGGUCCCUUCGGCUUCGACUGGCCGCCCGGCAUCACCGAACGCCCGCUGCUACGGGAGCUCCAGGGGAAGACCGCCUACUUCCGGGACGGGUCGACCGCGGAGGUGGACGCCAUCAUCCUGGCCACGGGCUUCCAGCAUCACUUCCCCUUCCUCCCGGACCACCUCCGCCUGCAGACCGCCAACCUCUUCUACCCGCCCAACUUCCACAAGGGAAUCUUCUGGAACAACAACCCGCGCCUGAUCUAUCUCGGGAUGCAGGACCAGCGCUUCACCUUCCCGCUCUUCGAUGCACAGGCGUGGUACGCACGCGACGUCAUCCUGGGACGGAUCACGAUCCCUGGGAAGGAGGAACGAGAGCGGGACGCGGUCCCGUGGCGGGAACGGGAAGCGGCGUGGACGCCGGCGGAGAAGGACGAGGGGAUCAUGAUCCACUUCCAGGGGGAGUACAUGCAUGGAUCUCCUGGACGCCACUGA